CGUCCAGAGGCCGAGCCGUCGCGUACCUAGGAUGCCGCGUGGAAGCCGAAGCCGCACCUCCCGCAUGGCCCCUCCGGCCAGCCGGGCCCCUCAGAUGAGAGCUGAACCCAGGCCAGCACCAGUUGCUCAGCCACCAGCAGCGGCACCCCCAUCUGCAGUUGGCUCUUCUGCUGCUGCGCCCCGGCAGCCAGGUCUGAUGGCCCAGAUGGCAACCACUGCAGCUGGCGUGGCUGUGGGCUCUGCUGUGGGGCACACACAGGGUCACGCCGUUACUGGGGGCUUCAGUGGAGGAAGUAAUGCUGAGCCUGCGAGGCCUGACAUCGCUUACCAGGAGCCUCAGGGAACCCAGCCGGCACAGCAGCAGCAGCCUUGCUUCUAUGAGAUCAAACAGUUUCUGGAGUGUGCCCAGAACCAGGGUGACAUCAAGCUCUGUGAGGAUUUCAGUAAGGUGCUGAAACAGUGCCGACUUGCAAAAGGAUUGGCCUAAUAAAGAAGUUCAACCUGGAGAGAUGGAAAGUCAGCUCUCAUAACUAAGUUAAUUUAGUAUAAAAAUAGAACUGAUAGUGAGGGUAUAAAGUGUAACCAUCAGUUAAACCUCUCCUGUCAUUCCUAGCUUCCUUGCUUCAGAAGUGAAAUGGAA